GCGAAUUCUCGGAGGACAGAGAGCAGUCGACGGGCCAGCCUCCAGGAGGCACGUUCGCGUGAAACCGUCGGGGACGCGCUCUUCCGACGAAGGGUGACUGAAACUCACCGUGUCUCAGGACUCCGCGAUUCAGGACUACUCCUCCUUUACCUUGACCCCACUUGACCUCGGCUGGGCGACACACCUGGUUCGAUACCAUACGCAGCAACAAAUAGGGAAAGGAUUCCUGGCUGUUACAUAGAUUCCCUACGUCUCGCUGAUUCUCUUGAGACUUGAUCGAACUGCAACUGGAACUACGUUGGCGAGCGACGAAUGGCGCGAAAACGGUAUCAAUGAAUGGAGUAUCCGAUAUUAUGGGUGAUACAAGAGACAGCUUGCGCGAUCAUUGAGGAUUAGAUGAGAGGAGGGUCUGGCCUUUAUUCAGUGAUCUCCCCCAUAAUCGCGGCUCAACAGAGGAGUAAGGAUGUCGCUCGUUGUUAUCCUGAAGAACAUUCAGGGUCUUAAGUGCAAGGGCGACAAGGUCGCGAAGAUCGAUUUUCGAGAAGUAUCGCAUUAUUCAACCGUACUCGAAGACAGUGGGGAUGUUAUUGAGGUUGAGCAGAGUUUUACAUGGAAUUUAGGAAGACCAGUGGACGAAGCAGAAGUACUACAGCUGGCAAUUGUAUCGCGCGGGGUCUUGAGAAACGAAAAAAUUGCGGCGAGAUACGGACUAGUGUUGCAAACGGUGGUGCGGGAAGGGAGGAUCUUGGUCUCAGACUCUCUGGUCGACCUUAAUAACAAACCGCUUCCGGCGGUAGUGUGCUUCGAAAUUCGAUACAAUCCUCCAGACGGAAGUUGCAGCUCAUACGCGGUCUCGGAAAUAAUGGAUGACGAACAACAAAUGUUGAUCGAUAUCGAGCAGAACAUUGCAAACCUCGAGAGGAGCCUGGAGCAGGCCAACAGCAGCUCAACCAGUGGAAAAAGAAGAGGCUCUUGGCAUACUCCUGAGAAAACAUCAAAAAAAGGUUUUUUACCAAGAGGUACCUCUACGUCGACUAGUGAAAAAUCCCCCGAUACUCGGAAGCGAAGCACCACUUUGAGGAGCGUGCGAUCUUUGCUAAAAUUGGGAAAGCAGAGACCGCCACGUACUCGGUCCUGUGACAGCAGCAACUCGGAAACGAGAGAACUCCUUGAUAGACAGGACUCCAGUUGUCCAACUUCGAAUGAGCCUUCGCGAACGAACUCUAUGACGUCUCUCGAAACGAAUGCGUCUGAUAACGACAGUCAACUAAGCGCCAAUCCUGAACAAGAGGACACAGUUGCAAAGCCAAGAAAUCCAGUCAAGAGACCUAAGCCCAAAACGAGCGAUACCUGGCAAAGCGCGUUAAAAGCUCAAGAUUACCAAGUGUGCGUAACUAUCAUAGAAGCGCGGCAGCUCGCCGGUCUCAACAUGGAUCCGGUGGUUUGCGUGCAAAUUGGAGAUCAACGCAAAUAUACCAGCGUCAAGGAAUCUACGAAUUGCCCAUAUUACAACGAAUACUUCGUCUUCGACUUCCACAUGCCGCCUGUUAUGCUAUUCGACAAAAUCAUUACGCUGUCGGUGCAGCAAUCGCGGAAUCUCUUGCGUGCUAAUCUAACGCUGGGCAGCUUUAAGUUAGACAUCGCGACGGUAUGGGCACAACCAGAUCAUCAAUUCUACCAUAAAUGGGCCCUGCUUACCGAUCCGGAUGACGUUGCUGGUGGACCCAAGGGCUAUCUAAAAUGCGACAUAAGCGUUAUUGGCAAAGGCGAUACCGUAAAAAUACCUCCGAAAAGUGAAAAGGACGAAGACGACAUCGAGGGCAAUCUCUUAUUGCCAGACGGCGUGCCAAUCGAGAGACAACGUGCGAAAUUUGUGGUGAAGAUUUACAGAGCUGACGGUUUGCCAAAAAUGAACAGCAGCAUUAUGGCGAAUGUGAAGAAGGCUUUCACGGGGGAAGUGAAGGAUCUGGUGGAUCCAUAUGUUCAAGUGUCCUUUGCUGGUCUCAGUGGAAAAACAAGCGUGAAGAAGCAUAGCUAUGCUCCAGUAUGGAACGAGCAGAUAGUUUUUACCGAGAUGUUUCCUCCUCUCUGUCAGAGGAUAAAGAUACAAUUAUGCGAUAACGAUCCGGUGCACGCCACCGUCAUCGGUACACACUUCGUUGACCUGAAGCAGAUCAGUAAUGACGGUGAAAAGGGUUUCUUGCCGACUUUUGGUCCGGCGUUUAUCCAUCUUUAUGGCAGCAUCAGAGAUUACAGUCUCAUAGACGAGCAUUCGACGUUGAAUACCGGCUUAGGCGAGGGAAUUUCAUACAGAGCAAGGCUACUGAUAGCAAUACGAACCGAGAUUACCGAUAACGUGGAAAUGGCACCAUCGGAAGUUGAAGUGGAACCGACGGUACCAGUCAACGAAACCGCUUACGCGAGAAACGAAGAGUUUUUCCUGUAUGCCACGAUCAUGGAUGCCACGAUGAUUGACAAGAAACUCGGCGAUAAACCGAUGUACUUUGAAAUAUCGAUCGGAAACGCGGGUAAUGCUCUCGAUGGUCAUAAUGAAAGUUUUAAGAUGUUCGAGACAGGAUCGAAGAGUGGAACGAGCGGUGAAGAGGAAGAGCUGCAGGAAGUACUUGCUGGAUCCUGGCAAAGUACCACGCCGGCUAGUAAACCGAUGACGCAUGAUAAGAUUUAUUACUUCUUGCCAUACUGGGACGACAAACCAUGCCUUCAUGUAAGAAGCACAUGGCCGGAUUACAGACGUAGAAUGUACAACAGCAAUAUUAUCGGCAAGAUCGUCGAUAAAUUGGAGGAAGGAUUGGCGGAGGUGCAAUUGCACUUGGAAGAUUCGACAUGCGAAAAGCUUUUAAAAUCUACCCUCGAGGAACUCAGCGCGAACUGUAACCGAUAUGUUAGUAUUAGCAAGUCUAGUGUGACUGGUCCAGGUGUCGGAAAAACGAAGCUGGACAAGGAGCGUACAAAAUUGUGCCAGCGGGAAGUGGAGAAUAUUGGGAUCCUGGCACGCAACCUCAAGGCCCUCGUGACUAAGAGCAGCUUCAAGGAAAGAUUAAAGACAGCUCAUAAUUAUCUGCAGAAAUUGAAGUUUCUCGUCGAGGAUCCGCAAGACUCCCUGCCGGACGUGUUCAUCUGGGUGAUCAGCUCCGGGAGACGAGUGGCGUACCAGAGGAUACCGGGUCGUGAACUGAUCUACUCGGUCGUCGACGAGGAAUGUGGCCGACAUUGCGGGAAAGUGCAGACUAUGUUUCUCAAGCUUCCAGGCAAAAAGAGAUUCGGACCUUCGGGAUGGGCGAUCCAAACGAAAUUGCAGAUCUACAUGUGGCUAGGAAUACUGAAGCACAAGAAAUACUUUAUUCAAGGUUUACCGAAAGGAUACGAGAUCAGGCACGAGUUGAGAAACGUAGACAGGCCUCGUGCGUUACCGCCUACUGUAAUUCACUACGUUCAAAAGCACAAAUUUCAACUGAGAGCCCACAUGUACCAAGCGAGAUCGCUGAUAGGCAGCGAUGCGUCUGGUCUCUCGGACCCAUUUGCAAGAGUGAUUUGCGGUGAAUUUUGCAAGUGCACUCAGGUGAUUGACGAAACUCUUAGCCCAACAUGGGACGAACUGCUGCUGUUCGAUGAUAUUUUAAUUUACGGCACCGCUGAGGAAAUCAAGAAAGAUCCACCCACCAUUGUCAUUGAGCUGUUUGAUCAGGAUAAAGUGAGUCAUAUAAUAUCUAUGGACAUAAAACUGCAUGAGGGCUCUGCUUUGACAGGAAAAUCGGAAUACAUCGGUCGAGCAAUUGCACGACCUCAUGUCAAACUCGCCGCCGAUCCUUACACUCCGCCGCAAUAUCCACCAUCCUUGGAAUGGUACGAAGUUACUAGAGGAGCCUCGAGGGCUGGCGAACUUCUGGCAGUCUUUGAAUUGUUGGAGUAUCCCUCUACUAAAGAUUAUGGCUUUCCUACUUUGCCGGAUCCCAAAGAUUCCAGCAGCGGAUCCCAGGCUCCGGGUUCUGGUCAGGACCAAGGCCCAAUUCUUCCUGUGCCCGUAGGAAUUCGACCUACUUUAUCAAAAUAUCGAAUCGAGGUACUCUUUUGGGGAUUGCGAGAUUUGAAAAGAAUCCAUCUAUUAACUGUCGAUAAACCCCGUGUGGAUGUUGAAUGCGCUGGCCACAUUCUUUAUUCGUCCGUCAUAGCAAAUGCGAAGAAAAAUCCGAAUUUUAAUAUGCCGAUCAAAUUUAUGGAAUUGGAGCUUCCAGAACAAGAGCUGUAUCGACCGCCAUUGACUAUAAGAGCGGUGGAUUGUCGAAGUUUUGGCAGAUAUACCCUUGUCGGUACACACACCAUCAAUUCAAUUCACAAGUAUAUGUACUACCCUUUAACUAAGAGGGCAAAGGACGCUCAGGAGAGAAAGAAGAGUUUGUAUCAGUUACAAUGCACGGCUCUUGAUUCAUCUAAAUCGAAACUUCAACAAACGUUACCUGAAUCGAUGAAUGAUUUGGAAGCUAACAACGGAGAUACCAUCAUCACUCUCGGAUUCGAAUUAAUAGGUGGUCCUACAAAAAAAGACAAAACGGAGCAGAACUUACGUAGAAAGCAUAGUUUGGCUAAUGACAACAACAUAAGUGAUGUAGGCGCAUCAGAGGACGGCGAUGGCUGUCAAGAUUGGUGGACAAAGUACUUCGCAUCUGUAGAAACGAUGAUCGAGGAGAACAAAGAAUUGCGCAAAGAGAAAUUUAUUUUUCAGAACCAACCAAACGGAACAUUACCGAUGCUCUUUGACGAAGCUGUUGCACAAAAUCAACUGGCUGUCUCGGGCGAUAAAAAUCCCGGAAUUAAUCCUACGAAAAGGCUGUUUGGUUUGAAAUCACCAACAAACGCAGUGAAAUUCGUCUCGAGAGUUAGUCCCAAACAAACCCAAUAUAAGUACAACAAGAUCGCUCUACUAAAAGUAUAUCCCGGAGAGCUGGAGGCGCAGCCCGAAUUUGAACAGUUUAAGGAAUGGCUGCACACUUUCGAAUUGUACCGAGGCAAAAAGACCGGUGACGAAACCGAGGAUGAGUCAAGAAUUGUCGGCAACUUCAAGGGCGCACUGAAGGUCUAUAAGUGGCCGUUGCCUAAGGAUCUGGUAGAUCACACCGUAAUGGGUUUUGAUCCACAGUACGGAUUCUUCCAGGGUGUUCCAUCGAACGAACCUAUUCACGUUCUGGUACGGGUAUACAUCGUUAAAGCUAAUGAUCUCCAUCCUAGCGAUUUGAAUGGGAAAGCGGAUCCCUAUGUGGUCUUGCAAUUGGGAGGCAAGAGAAUUAGCGAUAAGGAGAAUUACGUGUCGAAACAAUUGAAUCCUGUCUUCGGAAAAUGUUUCGAGAUCGAGGCAACGUUUCCGCAGGAUUCUCUGCUCACGGUGCAAGUCCUAGAUUGGGAUUUGGUCGGAACAGAUGACUUGAUCGGCGAAACCAAAAUCGAUUUGGAAAAUCGCUUCUACAGUAGACAUCGAGCUACAUGCGGUCUCGCGAAGAAAUACGACGAAUCUGGGUACAAUAAAUGGAGAGAUGCAAUGAAACCGACUCAGAUACUCUUGAAGCUAUGUAAAGAUGGUAAAAUCGAUGGGCCAAUGUAUUCUCAUGGACGCGUUACAAUCGGCAGAAAAACAUUUUCUCUUUCAAACGAAGACAUGGAAUAUUAUGUGCAUACUAAGGGAAUGGAAGAACAUCUCGCCUUAGCAGUUCUUCAUCAAUGGAACGCCUUUCCGCGAAUUGGUUGUGCUCUAGUACCUGAGCAUGUUGAAACUCGACCGCUUUAUAAUCCUGAGAAACCUGGAAUUGAACAGGGAAAAUUAGAAAUGUGGGUGGACAUGUUUCCAAUGGAUAUGCCCUCGCCUGGGCCACCCAUCGAUAUUUCACCGAGAAAACCCAAGAGUUAUGAAUUGAGAAUUAUCAUAUGGAAUACAGACGACGUCGUUCUGGAAGAUGAUGCAUUUUUCACCGGCGAAAAGAUGAGUGACAUUUAUGUAAAAGGAUGGUUAAAGGGACCGGAAGAUUGUCAAUCCACUGAUAUUCAUUACCGAUCAUUGACCGGUGAAGGAAACUUUAAUUGGCGUUUCAUAUUUCCAUUCGAUUAUUUGGUAGCGGAAGAAAAGAUCGUUAUCAAUCGUAAAGAGAGUCUGUUUAGCUGGGACGAAACCGAAUGUAAAAUACCAGCACGCCUAGAGUUACAGGUCUGGGAUGCAGAUCAUUUCUCAGCAGAUGAUUUUUUGGGUGCAAUAACUCUCGAUCUUAAUCGGUUUCCUCGAGGAGCAAAAAAUAGUAAGCUGUGCUCAUUGAGCAUGCUAAAGACAGACGACUCUGUGCCUAUGGUUAACAUCUUCAAGCAGAAACGUAUAAAAGGCUGGUGGCCGUUUUAUGUAAAAAAAGAAAAUGAAGACAUGGAACUAACGGGCAAAGUCGAAGCUGAAAUACAUUUGCUUACGAAAGAAGAAGCCGAGAAAAAUCCUGCUGGUUUUGGUAGAAAUGAGCCUGAUCCAUUGGAAAAGCCAAAUCGACCUGACGCAUCUUUCAUGUGGUUUCUCAAUCCACUGAAGUCCAUCAAGUACAUAGUUUGGCACAACUAUAAAUGGGCUAUCCUGAAAGCUAUAAUUGCGAUCGGAUUGAUCAUACUUCUGCUCUUAUUCUUUUAUGCAAUACCAGGUUACUCCGUAAAAAAGAUUUUGGGAGCUUAAAUGCUAUCGCUGUUAAUGUAUAAUUGUUGCUUUAGAAGACAGAUUAGUUUGGCAAUUUAAAAGUACAAUUAGUCGUAAUGCUAUAUAAUAUUGUUACGUUGUACAAAGUCAACGUAAAUUAGAAUCCUAUCGAGUUAAUUUAUUUAAUUUGUUCUUAAUAAUAUUGACCUAUGACAAUUAAAAUUCUUUUAUAGUGACAAAAUAGAAAUUAAUUUGUAAAUGGAUUUUAGUAGGCUUCAAGAAUACAUACAUAUUCAGGGUAUUUCUGUGAACAACUUAUAUGUAUGGAUACCACAUUGAGAAAUACCUUGUAUAAGAUACCAAAGCAAAUGACAUAUUUUUCGAAGAAAUAGUUAGAAGUUUACUUGCACAAUUUCAUAUUAGAUAUACGAAUAUUAAGGCAUUAGAAAUUAUUUUUUACAGAUACCAUCGUAGAUUUUUAAUACUUUGUUCUUAAAAUAGUCUUGGUGUAGCUUUAUUUUGUAGUUAAAAAAUAAAUCUUUAUCCUCGAUCAGUUUAUAGUGGACCAAAAUAAUGAAAUAACCAAAACAAUUACAAAUUAGGACUACAUUGUAAAUAAUUCAUUCACACACAGUGACCUUAAAAAACUAUUAAAAAAUGAGAAAAAUAUUAGUAGCAGAGUGUAGCGACUUGUACAAAAUAAUCUAUUUUUACUCGUAAAAUAUUCUGUGUUAUAGUGACGACUGUGUUUCGCGGGCGAAAACACAAGAUCACUCAAGACUAUUCUUCGUUAUCAAGUUGCUCAUUAUAUAUGUUAAGAAAAAAUAUGUGUGUACAAAAUGGAAAAAUAAAAUAUCUGAGUAAGAUGCAAUA